GUAGGUUUGAUUCAAUACACUGGCCUAAUCUUAAUUUAAACUUGUGAGCGUUGAGAUCUGUGCCUGGGGGGUUUGCUCUUUUCUAUAAGUUAUUUCAUUCUUUUUAGGCCAGACAUGGCAUCUGGUAUCGUGCAGUAUGUGGUGGUGCGUUCAGACUUGAUAACGUCGUUGAAGUGGCCGGUUGGAGCUGUCAUUGCCCAGGCGUGCCACGCGACGACGGCCGUGAUGCACCGACACGCCGACGACGCGGACGUAUUGACCUACCUCUCUGACCUGGACAACAUGCACAAAGUGGUUCUGGCGGCUCCCGACUUGGCCUCGCUGACCAAACUGCGCGAUGCGCUGCACGAGGCAGGUGUAGCGCACUACCUGUGGGUCGAACAGCCCGAGAACAUUCCAACCUGUUUGACCACCAAACCGGCGCCCAAAGCACACGUGCAAAAGUUUUUCAAGAAGCUAAAGCUCUUCAAUAUCAGCAGCUGACCCGCUGUGGUGGUGGAAGCUGUUCAGUGUCAGCAGCUGACCGCGCGGGCUCUGUAGCGGUGGAGGCUGCUUAGUGUCAGCAGCUGACUGCACUGGCGAUGUAGAGAGCAGGCUGUUUUAACGUGUCGCGGCCUGCCGCUGUGAUCAUGCUGCCACGUUUAUUACAAUGUGUCAUAUUCCUCUGAAGUUCCGCUAUUGUGCUCAUUUCUGUUACAUAAAUUGCAUGCCGUUCAAAGCCUUUGCAUUACGUAA